AUGGAUGAGCAGACCAGGAUGUUGCAGACACUCGCCGGCGUGAACCUGGCCGGCCACUCGGUGCCGGGGGGCAUGGCCUUGCCGCCUCCCCACGGCCACGACGCCGCCGACGCCGACGGCCGCAAGCAGGACAUCGGAGACAUCCUCCACCAGAUCAUGACCAUCACGGACCAGAGCUUGGAUGAGGCGCAGGCAAAAAAGCAUGCACUGAACUGCCACAGAAUGAAGCCGGCUUUGUUCAGUGUACUCUGUGAAAUCAAAGAGAAAACAGGUCUCAGCAUCCGAGGAGCGCAAGAGGAAGACCCACCGGACCCCCAGCUAAUGCGAUUGGACAAUAUGCUUCUCGCAGAAGGCGUUUCAGGUCCCGAAAAAGGGGGUGGAUCGGCAGCGGCGGCAGCAGCGGCGGCAGCGUCCGGCGGGUCUUCAGAUAACUCAAUCGAACACUCAGAUUACAGAGCCAAAUUGACCCAAAUCAGACAGAUUUAUCACACGGAGUUGGAGAAAUACGAACAGGCCUGUAAUGAAUUCACCACGCACGUGAUGAACCUCCUCCGAGAGCAAAGUCGGACACGGCCCAUUUCUCCAAAGGAGAUUGAGAGGAUGGUGGGCAUCAUCCAUCGGAAAUUCAGCUCCAUCCAGAUGCAGCUCAAACAAAGCACUUGUGAAGCCGUCAUGAUCUUGAGGUCGCGGUUCCUAGACGCCAGGCGGAAAAGGCGUAACUUCAGUAAACAAGCCACAGAAAUCCUGAACGAGUAUUUUUACUCUCACCUCAGCAAUCCCUACCCCAGUGAAGAAGCCAAAGAAGAACUAGCCAAGAAGUGCAGCAUCACCGUAUCACAGGUAUCCAACUGGUUUGGCAACAAGAGAAUCAGGUACAAGAAGAACAUAGGGAAAUUUCAGGAGGAAGCCAACCUUUACGCAGCAAAAACAGCGGUGACAGCCGCGCAUGCCGUGGCCGCAGCUGUCCAAAACAACCAGACAAACUCGCCCACCACGCCAAACUCUGGUUCUUCGGGUUCUUUUAACCUCCCUAAUUCUGGGGACAUGUUCAUGAACAUGCAGAGUCUGAAUGGGGAUUCUUACCAGGGGUCCCAAGUCGGAGCCAAUGUGCAAUCACAGGUGGAUACCCUGCGUCAUGUUAUCAAUCAGACGGGAGGAUACAGUGAUGGUCUGGGAGGCAAUUCGCUGUACAGUCCACAUAAUUUAAAUGCAAAUGGAGGCUGGCAGGAGGCGACUACUCCAUCGUCGGUGACUUCUCCAACGGAAGGUCCAGGAAGUGUCCACUCCGAUACCUCUAACUAAUCUCCUUACGACGCUCUUCCCCCCCCUCCCCCUGUCCACCCCAAGCUGAGAUGCCUUUCUCAAGUGCAUUCAGAAUCCCGGAAGGAAAAACCCAGAAAGGAAAUGUAUUUUUAUUUUUAUUUCCCUGACCAAUCACCGAUGGCUUUACGGUCAAACCCUUGUUGUAUCAGAGAACUCGAGAAAUCAAUUGCGUGUGGGUUUGCUUUUCCCUUUUUUUUUUUAUCGCUGUCUCUUUUUUUUUUUCCUCGAAAAGGUAUCUUCAUCAUUUGUAGACGUACUUAAACAUCGCAAAGACGCGCACACUCAUGCAAUGUUAAGAGGGGGGGG